GACAAGUUCAGGUCGAAGCUACUACCUAGGAUACCACUAUUCCUUACAGCACUACCAAAGUGCAAAAGUGUCGGCUCGAGUUCAAUUGACUCGACGGAAACCAUGGCAUCUCAAACUAUCAUCCUCGUAACCGGUGCCAAUUCUGGGAUCGGUUUCGCCACUGCAGAGGUCAUCGCAUCGGCAUCGCCAAAUUACCAUGUCCUAGUGGGAAGUCGGAAUCCUGAGAACGGAAAGAAGGCUGUUGCGGAUCUCAAGGCGACUGGAAACAUCAAGGGCACAUUGACGGAUGUCCAGAUUGAUAUAACGGACCAGUCGUCGGUCGAUGCUCUUGCCAAAUUCAUCGGAGAGAAGUUCGGCCGCCUAGAUGUGCUGGUCAACAAUGCGGGUAUAGCCCCAACCGACGGUAGUCUGAGAAGUAUCAUGGACCGGACAUUCCAAACCAACGUCACCGGACCUUUGGUCUUGACCGAGGCUCUGAAACCAUUGUUACUCAAGUCGAAGAACCCAUAUUCGAUUUAUGUGUCUAGUGGUCUCGGAUCCUUGUCCAUGGCAGACUCGGAAAAGGUUCUCGCCCUCGAGUACCCGGCGUAUAGCGCCAGCAAAUCCGCUCUCAACCAGAUGAUGAUUUAUGAGUCGAAAAACAAUGCAAAGAACGGCAUAAACAUGAAAUCCUUUGUCAUGUGUCCUGGCUUCGUCCGGUCACAUUUGCGUGGGAAGGAAGAGGAGCAGAUUAGUGGCGGUGGUCGAGCGGGAGAUCCCAAGGUGUCUGGACAAAUCAUUCUCGACAUCGUCGAGGGGAGGCGUGAUGCUGAUGUGGGUAAGUUUGUAUACAAGGAUGGCGUGUACCCUUGGUGAAAGAAUUGGAUUUGUGUUGAGGAGACGACAUGAUUUAUAAAGCGGUCCGAUACCUACUUUGAAAGAUCAUAUACUCG